AUGAGCUCGCCUAAGAGACGGAUUGAGAAGGAUGUCAUGGAGCUCAUGAUGUCUGACCACGAUGUCACGCUUAUCGACGACUCCAUCCAACAGUUCUACGUGAUAUUCCACGGGCCAAAAGAUACACCCUAUGAGGGAGGCAUCUGGAAGAUCAGGGUAGAGUUACCGGACCAGUAUCCGAUCAAGUCACCCUCGAUUGGCUUUACCAACAAGAUCUACCACCCUAACAUUGACGAAGGCUCCGGCUCUGUGUGUCUAGAUGUGAUCAAUCAGACUUGGUCGCCGAUGUUCGGACUCUUGAACAUUUUUGAGAACUUUCUUCCGCACUUGCUACGCUACGCAAACCCGAGUGAUCCAUUGAAUACGGAGGCUUCCAACUUGAUGACAAAGGACGAACCGAAGUACAACGAGACUGUAAAGCAGUACGUGCAACAGUACGCUAAGCAUGUAGCCAUCGACAACGACAAUGAUGAUGACGAUGGAGCUGACGACGACGACGACGAACUUAGUGAUGUCGGAAGCUUAUCCAGUGAUGAUGAAGACGAAGAAGCUGCUGGAACCCUAGAUUUGUAA